GAGCAGCAUAGUACAGUUAGUACUUAACCGUGCGCGAACUCCAAAGGAAAGGGCUAAAUAUAUAGUGAAGAAUAUCUACUUUACUAUUUCUCUCUCUAAAAUUUUAUAGAUAGUUCCGCAGCGAAUUUCUGUGUCUAUCAUUUUGUAUCGAUAUCUAUAUAUAAUUGGUGGAGGAAUCGGAAACCUAUAAACGUGUAAUUAUCGAUUCCAAUUUUCCGAGACAAAGGAUGAGCCAUCGCUGACAAGAAAAAGGUGUUAAUUGACCAAACCGAACCCUAAUUUUGUUUUUGAGUUCUUUAUUACGAAGCCGGCACGAGCUGAUUUCAUGGAGUCACCUACGCCUGUUUCUCGAUACAUACCCCAGAAUUCCAAGAAAAGGGUAUUUCCGGGUGGGAGUUCUAGCGGGUGUCAAGAAGCGGAUGUGGUGGAAAUCCCGCCGCCGAUUAAUCGGUCUUCGAAGGCCAAAUUAUUGAAGCAAAAAGAGGUUAUUUGUCAUGAAAUAAUAGACAUAGACAUGGAUGAAGACUGUGAUGUUAUGCUUAUUGAUGGGCAAGUCGACACAAGUGGCAAAGGCAAGGAAGCUCUGCCCGACUUUUCGCUGGGUCCUAGUAGUAUAGGUACUGGUGGAUCUGGAAAUGGCAUUCAGUUGUCCAACAAUGGCUCUGCUGGAUUACAUAAUUCUAUUAAUGUAGAUGAUUUCAAUUCCUCCCUCUUCUACGGAGAUGAUGAGUGUAUAGAUAUGUAUUGUGAUGAUCUCAUUGAUGAAGAAUAUACAGAUUUGCAAUCACAUUUUGAUCACAUAGAUAUUCCUCCUGGGAUAGAGGCUCCACUUCCCUGGUUGCCAAGUUCUGCAGGAAAUAACAUGAAGUUAAUGACCCCAGGCACUUCAACCAACUCAACUUUGCAACUUCAAUUGAAUGAUGCCAAUCUGCCUGCCACGAAUUCGUCUCACCCAUCAUGGAAAUUGAAAAAUGCCCUAAUAAAGGGUCAAUCAACUUCAAGGAACAGUUCACAAUUCAGUACCCAAGUGCAUGCAGUCAGUCAGCCUGUGGAGUUGAAUGGGUCUUCAACUAUGUGGGAACCAGAACUGGAGAAAUUAACCACUUUAAGCAGUACACCUUAUCCAAUUUCGGAUAUCUCUAGUAGUUUGUUGAAUCUUAAACAUGGGAAGGACUCCUUACCCUCUUUUGGAAAGGGUAGGAGGAAGUCUCAUCUACCACUCCCACCAUCUGCUCCCUUCGGUUCAUACAAUCAAUUUCCUGCCAGUUCAACGUAUUUUUCCAGUAGUGUGAAGACGCCAGUUGGUAGCGGUGGUAGCUGCCCAAAAUUAAAUCCAAUGCACACACCUGGAGCUGGAAUUUUCGUGCCGAUUCCGUCGUGGAAGAAAUGGAAUAUGAAUGUGUUGGAACCUUGUCCAGUUCCUCCUGGUUUUAUAGGUGGAAGCUCAUCUGCUCCAUGGGGACAUGAUCUUGCCAAGAACCAAAAUAAUGCAUUUUCUGCAGCAACUCCAGAACCGCUCACCAUUGUGGAGAAUAGGAACUUGGAAGAAAUUCUUCAGAAUUUCAAUCAUUUUAAGCAAUUUGACACCGUUGAAAAUUGCUGUGACCACCACUACUUGAAAAAUGGUUCAUCUAUGAAACAGCCGUCAAAGGGUUGGACAAAGAGAAUACAAGAGGAAUGGAAGAUCCUGGAGAAAGAUCUGCCUGAUACCAUAUUUGUGCGGGUCUAUGAAUCCAGAAUGGAUCUUUUGAGGGCUGUAAUAGUAGGAGCAGAAGGAACUCCAUACCAUGAUGGCAUCUUUUUCUUCGACGUCUUCUUUCCUGGAAGCUAUCCCAGUGUUCCACCUCAUGUCCAUUACCACUCAGGUGGACUUCGCAUCAAUCCAAAUUUGUACAAUUGUGGCAAAGUAUGCCUGAGCCUUCUCAACACUUGGGGUGGUAGUCAGAAGGAGAAGUGGAUCCCUGGUGUAUCAACUAUGCUACAAGUUUUGGUCUCUAUACAAGGCUUAAUUUUGAAUGCUAAGCCCUAUUUUAAUGAGCCCGGAUAUGCAAAUAUGAGUGGUUCAGCAAGUGGAGAAAAGUGUUCUUUGGCAUACAAUGAAAAGACUUUUAUCUAUUCUCUCCAAACGAUGGUGUACAGUAUGAGGCGGCCACCGAAGCAUUUCGAGGACUUUGUGGUAGGGCAUUUCUGCAAGCGUUCUCGUGAUAUUCUGGUAGCAUGUAAAGCCUAUACAGAAGGCGCUCAAGUGGGUUGUCUUGUUAAAGGGGGUGUUCAAGACGUUGAUGAGGGUGAUAAGAGCUGCUCACAGGAUUUUAAGGCCAAUUUGGCAGGGUUCAUCACUACGUUAGUAAAUGCAUUUUCUCAAAUUGGCGCGAAGGACUGUCAAGAGUUCCUCUGUUUAGCACAAAAGACUAAUGUACAAGUGUCUACUGCACCUGGGGUUCAAAACUUACAUUAUUAGAUCAAUAAAAUUCCAAUUUAGACUUGGGCUACGUAUUUCGCACGAAAGACAUGUUCAUCUUGAAUUUUGUUUUUGACUUCUUAGGCUGUAUUUAAAAUUACAAAGCAGUGAAUGUUAAAUGACUUCAGGAUGCUCACCAUGCAUUUGAGUAAAUAAAAAUAUCUUAAAUAUUGUAUCUUUAA